AUGGCAUUGCUCGUACGUAACGCUUUUCGAUUAAUCACUCAUGUGGAGCGAGUUGCCUUGCCAGUAAGGGCAUUCUCCAUUACUCCAUCGAUUUACGCAGAACGCAAGUACACUAAGAAGCACGAAUGGGUCUCAGUGGAUGGAGAGAUGGGCACUGUUGGGAUCACGGAUUUCGCAGCAGAACAACUUGGCGACAUUGUUUUCGUUGAACUCCCGGAGAAAGAUGCCACAAUCGUAAAAGGAGAGUCAACUGGUGCAGUGGAAAGUGUCAAGGCUGCGUCCGACAUCUACGCACCCGUGUCUGGUACGGUGACAGAAAAGAACGAAGUUCUCGAGCAAGAGCCAGGAAAAAUAAAUAAGAGUCCGUUCGGAGAUGGAUGGCUGUACAAACUGAAGCUGUCGAACACAAGUGAGCUAGCAGACCUGCUCUCUGAAAAGGACUACCAGGAGUUCAAAAAGGAGGACGAGGGACACGAUUAG